ACUGUGUUUCUGAUGGGCCGUGAUCUUGCAGUCAACUCUCGUAUCAGUAAACAGCUGCGAUGGUCCGGAGUGUAUACUCGGACGGAGAGGGGAGAUAGUACACUAAGUCAGGAGCACGGAGUUCCACGGAUUCAUUCACGGCACCGGAGUGGCAGAGAGAGGCAAGGCUCAGAUAAUCAUGGAGAAAUCGGCAACCAUGGGGACAACUUUCGCUGACUACGGGGACCACGGUGGCGUGUAUUCAACUAUGAGGGGGUUGGACUAUGUAGGAAACAUGACCCAGGGUUUGUAUCAUGGUAAACACUAUGCGACUUUGGAACCUCAAUCUCAGACAAGUUGCUUCUCGCAUCUUAGCGACCACACCGGCCAGAGAAUUCAUGAUUUAAAUCCCACGGGUUGUGCUUUGAAUUAUAUAUACAGCGGUGCGUCGUAUGCGUACAGCCAGGGUUCCGAUGCAAAUCAUUAUCAGCAGGGCACAACGGACAGUAACGGGAACGGGGUUGAGUAUACCCACAUCCAAAGGCACGGCAGGACAACCUCGUCCACGCCCACCGCUCACUACAACGGUAAUUAUAGCGAGAAUGCUACUAGUUUGAACACCACACCGGCGAGGAGCUCUCGGCUUGACCAGGGAAGCGAUUCACGGCCGGUGAACAGUGACCCGGACCGGCAGACUACAGCGGCUACCGCACCCGCUGAACCGCAGCCAAACGGGGAGACAGGCAUGUACAACUGGAUGAAAAUCAAGAGAAAACCACCCAAAACAGUUAAGGCACACGAGUACAGCUCAUCGACCGGGCAGCAGUCACCCAUCGGAGGUAGUCUAGGGGGUGUCGGUGGAGCAAACAACGGCAGGACCAACUUCACCAACAAACAGCUUACAGAACUCGAGAAGGAAUUUCACUUCAACAAGUAUCUUACGCGGGCACGGCGAGUCGAAAUCGCCACCAUGUUGGGUUUGAACGAAACACAAGUCAAGAUCUGGUUUCAAAACCGGCGGAUGAAGGAGAAGAAAAAGAUGAAGGAAUGCAUCCCUGGACCUGUGCCAUCCUUCCAUUCUUCUCUAACCCACCAUCACCAUCACUCCCAUCAUCAACAACAACAACAACAACAACAACAACAGCAGCAGCAACAACAACAUCACACAGUGCACCCGUCCGUUGCGGGAACUACGCCGGUGUCAUCCAUACCUGACUGUGAGCUUAAAGCUCAGCCCACUGCCGUAUAUAAUGGUCACAAUCACAACGGAACUGCCGUCGUAGUCAACUCUUCGGGGAGUUAGUUUUGCUACAGUUUCAAGUCUUUCUGUUUUUCAAUUUUGAUUUUCAAUCGUUCGGAUGAAGUGCCUAGAGGCCACGGGUUUCGGCGUGAAAGGCGACGGGCCAUAAGACAAGCCUUUUCAUGUAAAGCGGCUUGGGUAGUUCGUAAGGAUCAUUCCGUGACCCGAUGCCGCCGACGCGCUAGCUAUACUGCUACCCCAAUUUCUCCCCACUCUCCCUAACCCUGUCACUCCUUCUCUCUUUUAUUGUACGCGGUUUGUCUGGACCGUCACGAGGGAAGCCUAGCCCGCCGUCGGCCUCCCUCUCUCACCCACUCUCUCUCCAAUCAAAUACAAAAAUCCACAAAAAUCCAGUGUUAUUACCUUAUGUUUUGGAAUCAAAGAGGGGCGAGAUUGAAGCCCUUUGGCGAUGCCCCGGGCAAGGGCACGUAUGAUUUGGCUUUUGAGAAUCAGCCACCGUGGACACGAAGUCGAUUUGACUUGACAAAAACCCGACGCUGAUUUACAAUGACUCCCGUAAUAGGUUCUCAUACGUUCACAACUUGGCUUUUUUUUGUCUAGCUUAGAAUGAUACGCCUGAUCAUCGGCACCUGCCCGGCUUUUACUCUCUCGCUUUAACCCAGGCGCCGCAACCGUACAAAGGCUUCAAGCCUACAUUUUCCAUUUUCCUUCAAAUUGUGUUGUUUGUUGGUUUGAACUCGUGAAAUCCAGGUUAUUUUGGAUGGAUUCUGCGGGAGUAAUCCACACAGGAUUGAAACACGGAACGGUAUUACCUGCUUCAGAGUUGCAGACUUACAGCCAGUUGUCAUACACAGCGUAUAACACUGUGAUCCCAAAUUAUUAUUCAGUGUGCCUGCAAGGUUUUUGCGCAUUACUUAGUACAGACAAAUUGAACAUGAAAGGUCCUUCAUAUCCACGCAUAAGGCUUAUAUUGGUUCUGUCGGCUAGCUCAAUAGCAGAAGUAAUGGGAUAAAUUAAAAGAUAAUACUAUUGCGUUUUUUCCCCUUUCUCUAGUCUGUCUAUUUGCCAUUAUAGAAGAGAUAUAGCCUGAACUUCAGACAGACUAAGCUUACAAAAUGACAACCCCAGUCCAACUGGGAAGCAUUAUUCGAGCAUGAACCAUUGUCUGAACGAUCAUUUAACGAGGGUUUAUCAUAGUAACAUGAUUACAGAUUGGAAACUUCUUCGGUUUAGUGCAUUGUAAUUAAAUCCCAAUAUAAGAAUUGUGUUCAAAAUGAAAUUGAGCUACAUGUGAACAGAUUGAUUUGCAUUGACUAUGCCAGAUCGCAUAAAAUAUAUCAACUGUAACAAAGCUCCAUGACAUGACUGGUUAAAUCAUAUUAUGUGCAAAUUAAGUUGAAUGACAUUUUAAAAUGAUAAUUUAUACUGUUUUAAGAGCAAGAUCGAAUAUUAUUCCAAUGCUGUUUAUCGUUACUGCUGUUGUUGUUGUUUUUCUAUUGUUAUUAUUUGUAAUCUUUGAAACAUAUUUCGAUCACGUAUGUUUACAUGUACAUUUAACCUUCCACCAAAGUUUCCAUGUUUCCUUUUGACGUGUUAUUUCGUUUUGAAUCAAUCAACUGAACAGCAGAGCAGUUUUAGGGUCACCGAGUCAAUGUUGUUGUUUGCAAAAAUCUCAAACAUUUUGUUCAAAGUAUCAGGGCACGCGUUUAUUUUGUUUGUGAACAAUAGUACAAAAAAAGUUCCUGCAAGUCACAAGGUCAAAUGCACACCUUUAUUGCUCCCUGAUUUGAAUUUGAAAUGUGAUCCUUUACUAAACUUACCACAGCUCAAUGAGUCUACAUAAUUUAUGUCAAUUAUUAGUGACUGUUUCGCUAUUUCUGAAUGAACAAAUUUCACUGAAGUUAUUUUCAAAAUUGUUCCGGCGCACCAAGAUCCAAACGAGGUCCGGGACACCUCAAUUGGAGGUGUCCGUAUGUUUGAUACAUUAGGUAAUGAGUGCUAUAUACAAAUCAAAGGUAAACUAAUUAGCAUGAAGGGCAGAUGUAAUGUGCAUCAAACGUACAAACGUUUUAAAAUUUCUAUUUUGUGCACUGCUUUCUCGAAAAUGUGAGAACUUAACUGGAUUAAAUGUCUUUCUCCGAUGUUGACAAUUUACAAUCUUAUGUCAAACGUGAUUUGUCAAUGUGAAAAAAAGGAAACACAAACAGUGAAAACUACUGUUAAUUUUACAAACACUUCAGCUAUAACCCAAACUCAUCGGUAAGCAGAGAAGGGAUAUUAAACAGCUCUUCAUUUACUCCGUAUUGUUGUGCAGACGUUUAGAGCUGAAGACAGUUUGCUUGCGUUUGUCAGUUUGCUAUGGAUUGCUUCUCCCUCUUUAAAAUCUAGUUGUUGACCAGUUAUGCCCAAUCUCUCCUUUUGGUUGUGGUGGGGGUUUGUUUUUCACUACCUUUGCUAUGACGUAUCAAGCAAAGGUUGUUCAUACUGAAAACAUACCACGCCUGACGCAUUAUCAAGCAGUGUCUAUACCUCCUUCAGCGACCGAGUAGAUUUCGCUCGUGUCUCGCAUCCAAAAGAGCCUUCAACGCAAACCUGUUUAAUUUACACAAAAUGCAGAAACGUCCAUUUCAAGUUCAUCCAUUACAAGCUAGAUCGCAGGAAGGAUGCAAAAAGAAGAUCUAAAAUGUGUGAUGUGUGUGAUCAAACUGUUGAGGGAUUAUACUUUGUUACAGUUAAUGGUUCAUUUGAAGAUAUUGACUGGAAGCACAUAAAUUGUCACAGGUAAACAACAAUAACGUUAAGCAAACCCAGGCUGGCUUCCUGCUUUGGUGUUAAAACUAGUUUUACUAUAAAGCUAAAUAGUCAGCUGUUUGACUUAUAAUGAUGCUUAGCACAUAAAUAUCAUGCUAAGCUGAAACCAAUGUAUAAUUGGUUUGCGGUAACACCAUGUGUGUAUCUACUUGCCAGGUAGAGUUGUUCUUAGGGAACUGUCUUGCUUUAUUCUACUGCCGUGGAGUAGAUAAUCGGAGGUUCGGGAGACUUCGGGAAACCAGUUAUCAGCCAAACUGACUUGUUUUGUUUUUACUUUGAUUAAUAGUGAUUUGAACCUAGUGACCAGUGUCAUGUCGCUGCUAACCGCGGGAAUCUGCGCUUUAAGCCAAAAUAAUCGCAUGCCCUCAGCUGCACAGUGUGCAGGCAGAGGUGGAACCAGAGGGUCAACUUAGAGCCAUUCCCCACCCCCUCUCUCUUGCCCCCACCCCCCUUAGAUCGAGAAAAUAAUCAAAAAUCAUUGGUUCGAUAAAUUAAAUGCAUCCCUCAGAGUACAUAUUAUUUGUCUGCACUUGCAGCUCCCCCACCAUCAAAUAAAACUGUUUGGUUACGCCACCAUUUACGGGGCAAAAUAAGCGACGACUUUCUUUAGUCAGCAGCGCCACAGCAUUCUGCCCUGUCGACUGUAGACCAGGCCAGUCCUAGACUGAGUGGGGAGCGAUUGUGGGGGGUGGUGGUGGCAACACCCUAAAAUUAUACCCAAAAUAUAGUCGCCAAUAAACCAGAUGUGACAUCCAUAUUGACAUCAAAAUAUGCUGAAUCGAUUCGAAAGUGCACCCUUUAUGAUGGCUGUAUAUUUUUUGACCCGGAGGUCAAAGCAGUGGCUGUCACUGACGCCAGACGUAAUGCACAAAAGGUUCAAUUUACCUUUAAAACGGAAAUGAUAAAUAUACUCAAAGAAAUUCGAUUACAGCUCAUCUAUCAUUGGAAAACGAACCGAAUGCUUCGGGGAUAAUGUUUGAAUGAAUAUUUCAACAAUGUAUAGCGCGGACACAAGUUGAAUUCACACAUGUAAUAUUUCAAUUCAAUAAUUUUGUUUGAUUGUUUGAUUAUUUAACUUUUUUUCUCGCAACCCCUGUUUUUGUUAGGGUGUGUUAGACAUGUAAUUAUUUGCUGAAAGUGUCUGGAUUAAGUUACACAGAUUGUUACAAAGACAAUUCAUUCCACCCUUAAAACGUUGUCAUAGUUACGUGCAAUGGUUGAAAAAUCCUGCGCCCGUCAUCUCAACGCACAGUAGAUUUUCUAAGAUUAUGUUUUAACUGUCAAUUCUACUUUAUGUUACUUAAUAUGUUUAUUUUCUAUAAUUAGAAACGUGUUUGGGUUUUGUUGCUGUUUUUUUUUCAAGGAUAAUCCGUAAUUUUUUUUGUAUUUAUCUGAGAUAUUCACAUUUGACAGAAAUUCCUGUAAAAAUUAUAUGUUUGAUCUUUUUGACGCUAUUGGCAGUUGUUGUCGGAUUCCCUGUGCGAUUGCGUUGCUUACUGGCAGGACCUAGAAUGGAACCAGUCUUGCAACCUGCCAGAGGUUUGGCCACUAGCAUUAGCGCGGAGGAAAGACUAUACACUCCAAUAUCAUUACAAAGAUCUCAAUUGUUGUGAAGCAUAAUCUUAACCCUGUUUUUAGAUACAGUUUUAAAUCUACCUUACAUUAGCUGAUAUUUUCCCCAUUGGAAUUUAUGAGAAUAACGUUCAAAAAACCACCGCACUUUUCCCUCUCCAUUCUCUGCAUUAUUCAUUAGGGGAAAAAUGCUGACAAGGAGAGAGUAAAUGGAAUUAUUCAUAAAUCAUCAUAAUCAAAAAGGACUGGCGAUGAAAAUAUGAAAUAAUAUUAGAUAAUGUUAUGACUUAACUCACUGCACUGCAAAACUUAAUAAGGAAUACGGGAGAUGUUAUAUAUAGCUAAAUUAUAUGUAUCUGAUAUUUUUGGAGAACCAAUUUUAAAUUGAGACUUAAAAAAUUGUACACAUUAUUCGAAAUGUACAAAUGUUAUUCAGAUAAGUAAGCUUACAAUGGAGUUAUUGUAUUCAAAUGAUUGGAUAUGAAGUCGGCAGCAACACACUUUGAUUGGAUUGAAUUGUUCGUUGUAUGAAAAGGUAAACAUAUAUAAAGACACUGGACACAGUUGGAAAUUGUCAAAGACCAGUCUUCUUACUUGGUGUAUCUCAACAUA